UUCACUCCACAGAUGCUGUUUGCGUGGACCAUCGGCCUUCUCCUGCUGGCCACUGUCAGAGGAGCGGAAGUCUGCUAUUCACACCUUGGCUGCUUCUCAGAUGAAAAACCAUGGGCAGGAACCUCUCAGCGACCUAUAAAGUCACUUCCCUCGGACCCCAAGAAGAUCAACACUAGGUUUCUUCUGUACACAAAUGAAAACCAGAAUAGCUACCAAUUGAUCACGGCCACUGACAUAGCCACCAUCAAGGCUUCCAACUUCAACCUGAACCGCAAGACACGCUUCAUUAUACAUGGCUUCACGGACAGUGGAGAGAACAGCUGGCUAUCAGACAUGUGCAAGAAUAUGUUCCAAGUGGAGAAGGUGAACUGCAUCUGUGUGGACUGGAAGGGGGGAUCUAAGGCCCAAUACAGCCAAGCGUCUCAGAAUAUUCGUGUUGUGGGCGCAGAGGUCGCUUACUUGGUGCAAGUGCUUUCGACGAGCCUGAAUUACGCCCCUGAGAAUGUACACAUCAUCGGCCACAGUUUGGGAGCGCACACUGCCGGGGAGGCGGGCAAGAGGCUGAAUGGCCUCGUGGGCAGGAUCACAGGGCUGGAUCCAGCAGAGCCAUACUUCCAGGACACGCCCGAGGAGGUUCGGCUGGAUCCAUCUGAUGCCAAGUUUGUGGAUGUGAUUCACACAGAUAUUUCCCCUAUACUUCCCUCCUUGGGUUUUGGAAUGAGCCAAAAGGUGGGCCAUAUGGAUUUCUUUCCAAAUGGAGGAAAAGACAUGCCUGGAUGAAAACAGGUAUCCUCAACCAUCCUUGAUAUCUAUGGGAUCUUGCCAGGAAUCUCUUGCAACCACCACCGGAGCAUCGAGUACUAUCACAGCAGCAUCCUCAACCCCGAAGGCUUCCUGGGCUACCCCUGUGCCUCCUACGACGAGUUCCAGGAGAGUGGCUGUUUCCCUUGUCCAGCUAAAGGAUGUCCAAAAAUGGGGCACUUUGCAGACCAAUAUCCGGGAAAAACCAAUGCUGUGGAACAAACCUUUUUCCUAAACACAGGAGCGAGUGAUAACUUUACUCGUUGGAGGUAUAAGGUAACUGUCACACUAUCUGGAGAAAAGGAUCCAAGCGGAAACAUCAAUGUUGCUUUGUUGGGAAAGAACGGAAACUCAGCACAAUAUCAGGUUUUCAAGGGGACCCUCAAACCAGAUGCCAGUUAUACUAAUAGCAUUGAUGUGGAGCUCAAUGUUGGAACAAUUCAGAAGGUUACAUUCCUCUGGAAGAGAAGUGGGAUAAGUGUCUCCAAGCCCAAAAUGGGGGCUUCCCGAAUCACCGUGCAGAGCGGUAAAGAUGGGACCAAGUAUAAUUUUUGCAGCAGCGACAUUGUGCAAGAAAAUGUUGAACAGACCCUUUCCCCUUGUUAAAAGCACUUCAGCUUUUGUCUCUUUCUGGAAAUAAAUUGCUGGAUACA